AUGACAGUUGCUAACCAAAUUGUGAAACGGACAGAUUAUCCAUUCGACCUCGGCAAGUUCGGACGGCCUAUAACUACAACAAGCACCCAGGCCCAGAUCUGGUUCAAUCGCGGUUUGACCUGGGCCUUUACCUUCAACCACACGGAAGCCGCAGCCUGCUUUGAGCAAGCUAUUGCUCACGAUGAGUCCUGCGCUAUAGCUUAUUGGGGCUUGGCUUAUGCCCUCGGUCCUAACUACAAUCAUCCGUGGGAGUUUUUCGGCGACAAUUUGCAAGAUGUCGCACGACGCACUUAUGAUGCCGUUCAGAAGGCCAAGGCUCUCGCCUCCAAGGCGACAACAGCGGAGCAGGCUCUGAUUGCGGCUAUCCAAGCUCGCUUCCAAGGCGACAAACCUGCCACUAUGGAAGUUUACAAAGCCCACAAUCGAGCCUAUGCCGACGCCAUGAAGGUAGCCUAUCGUGACUUUGGCGAUGAUCUAGAUGUUGCAGCUCUUUACGCAGACUCGAUGAUGAGUCUCUCCGCAUGGAAACUAUGGAAUUUAGUAACAGGAGAUCCCAUGCCCGGAACACGGACCUUGGAAGCCAAGACAGUCCUAGAGGAAGCUCUUCGCCAGAAAGAGGCCUACCAACAUCCCGGCAUUCUGCACAUGUAUAUCCACCUUAUCGAGAUGUCACCUACGCCUGAAUUAGGCCUGGUCCCCGCAGACAACCUGCGUCAUUUGGUUCCGGAUUCUGGGCAUGCAUGUCAUAUGCCCGCGCAUCUGGAUGUUCAGGUGGGAGACUACCGCGCCGCCAUCGGCGCCAAUCAACUUGCGACCAUCGCAGACGAAAAGUUCUUGAAUUAUCAAGGGCCCUUCAAUUUCUACACUAAUUACCGAAUGCACAACUAUCACACCCUUAUCUACGCAGCCAUGUUCGCGGGCCAGAAAGCCGUCGCCCUCGACGCCGUCGAUCGCAUGGAAGCUACUCUACCGAAGGAGUUCCUCGCGCAGAUUCCAGACUUCCUCGAAGUUUAUAUGUCUGUCCGCUCCCACGUCAUGGUCCGCUUCGGCAUGUGGGACGAAAUCAUCGCAAGCCCGCUGCCCAACGAUCCCGUUCUGUAUUGUGUUACGACCGCAAUGGCGUAUUACUCCAAAGGUGUCGCGUAUGCGGCAACUGGAAACGUUGCUGAGGCUGAGCGCCAGCGAGAAAUGUACCAAGAGGCUACGAAGUGUGUCCCUGACUCACGCCUCGAUUUUCCCAAUAAAUGCGUGGAUUCUCUAGGCGUGGCUUCUGCCAUGUUAGACGGCGAGAUCGAGUACCGCCGUGGAAACUACGAGAAGGCAUUCGCGCAUCUCCGCCGAUCAAUUGAGCUGGAUGAUGGCCUGGGAUAUUCUGAGCCGUGGAAUUGGAUGCAGCCUGCUCGCCAUGCGUAUGCUGCACUUUUGCUCGAGCAAAACCGCGUUGAGGAAGCGGCUGCUGUUUAUCGCGCGGAUCUUGGACUUGAUGAUUCUGUUAUUCGUGCACGCCAUCAUCCGAACAAUGUGUGGGCUUUGCAAGGUUAUCAUGAAUGUCUCGUGCGCCUGGGUCGUGUGGACGAGGCAAAGAUUCUCGAGGGGCAACUAAAGGUUGCUGUUGCAGUGGCUGAUGUGCCAGUCAAGUCGUCUUGUUUCUGUCGGACUGACACUUCGCAAGCUCCGGAGUUGGAGAAUGCUUGCUCGAAGGGAACUUGUCACUAG